AACUACCAAAAACUUGAAAACACACAAAGCUGUGUUGUGUUCUGUUGACAUAUUCCCUUCCAUCAUCAUAUAUUUUUCCUUUCUCUCUUUUCUUCCCCCACCUUCUCUCUGUCUUUAUAAAUCUAAACCUUUCUUUUCUUUUCAUCUGUAUUUGGUUUCAUGUGUUCUCUUCUUGCAUAGAGAGAUACACAAAUAUACAAAGAGACAGAGAAGAAGAAGAAGAAGAAGAAAAUCCAGAAAAAAGAAAAAUGUUACAGAGAGCUGCAAGCAAUGCAUAUUCAUGGUGGUGGGCAAGCCAUAUCAGGACUAAGCAAUCAAAAUGGCUGGAGCAAAACCUUCAAGAUAUGGGGGAACAGGUGCAAAUCGUGCUUAAACUCAUCGACGAGGAUGGAGACUCCUUUGCCAAGAGAGCAGAAAUGUACUACAAAAAGAGGCCAGAGAUCAUACACUUUGUGGAAGAAUCAUAUCGAGCUUAUAGAGCUCUAGCUGAAAGGUACGACCACAUAUCAACAGAGCUACAAAAUGCCAACACCACCAUUGCUUCUGUUUUUCCAGAAGAGGUUGAGUUUGCAAUGGCUGAAGAAGAAGAAGAUACCACACCAAGAUUCCAAAAAAACACUCCAGAGGUUCCAAAAUCAAAUAUUCCAGUUGUUCCAAAGGUUCCAACCAAAGAUUUAAAGAGCAUCGUUACGUCAGCUACAAAGAAAUUGCAACAUAGGAAGACAUUCAAAACUGCAGCUACUACUACUACUACGGUUGCUAAAUCUGGUUUGAACAAAGCCGAGGCACUUCAAGAGAUCGACAAAAUUCAGAAACAAAUUCUGACUCUACAAACAGAGAAAGAGUUUGUAAAGAGCUCUUAUGAGAAUGGGCUAGCAAAAUACUGGGAAAUUGAGAAUCAGAUUAAGGAAAUGCAAGAGAGAGUUUUCAGUUUGCAAGAUGAAUUCGGUGAGGGCAUGGUUAUCGAAGAUGAUGAGGCUCGGAAAUUGAUGGCAGAAGCAGCUUUAAAAUCAUGCGUAGAGACAUUGGCUCAGUUGCAAGAGAAACAGGAGAAAUCCACUAAGGAAGCAAGAGUUGAGUCCCAAAGGAUAAAGGAUGCCAGGGAGAAGUUUGAGAGUCUCAAAGGUGCGUUUCAUGGUGAUCAGACUAGUCAGCAAAAGCCACAUGCCAGAGAUAGGUCUAUGAAAAUAGAAGAGUUAACAAGCUUAGACCAAGAAGUCAGCAGUGUGACACAAGAGAGAAAAGAAUUGGAGGUGUUACGUGAGAAGAUCAAGGAACACUUUGAGGUUGGGUCCAAUGCAUCUCUCACUGUGACAGAGAUGGCAGAGAAGAUAGAUGAGCUUGUGAAUAAAGUGGUUAGCUUAGAAACUGCGGUUUCAUCACAGACUGUUCUUGUAAAGAGAUUAAGAACAGAAACUGAUGAACUUCAAGCACAAAUUCGAAAUUUGGAAGAUGAUAAGGCAAUGCUUAUUGAUGGUUCAAACAAUUUGAGCUACAAGCUGAAGGAAAUGGAAGAAAAGCUUCACACAGUUCAGGACCUAGACUAUAGUUUUGAAAACCAGAAUAACAAUCUCCAGACACAUUUCACUGAAGCACGUUUAAAUCUCAAUCACCUUACUGAGAAAUUGCAAAGCGUGAAGCCUGAUGAGGAGCUUGAGUUGACAGGUCCAUUACAAACAGAAGAGGGAUCUCCAGCUGAAAUAAGAUUGCAAAAUGGGUUGAAAGAACAAGAGGAUCCAUUGAAUCCUAGUGAGGGUUCUGCAAAAUCUGACAAUGCUCUCAGUAGUUCUGCUGAAAAUGAAGAUCUAUAUCACUCCCAGGCAAAUAAUGACCCUGAUAAUCUAUCAGUGAAAGGCCAGGACUUGAUAUUGCAGCACAAAGAUGAUCCAUUAAAUCCUGGUGAGGGUUCUCCAAAAGCUGACAAUGCUCUCAGUACUUCUGCUAAAAAUGAAGAAGUGUAUCAAUCCUGGGCAAAUAAUGACCCUGAUAAUCUAUCAGUGAAAGGUCAGGACUUGAUAUCGCAGCACAAAGAUGAUCCAUUGAAUCCUGAUGAGGGUUCUGCAAAAGCUGACAAUGCUCUUAGUACUUCUGCUGAAGAUGAAGAUGUGUAUCAAUCCGGGGCAAAUAAUGACCCAGAUAAUCUAUCAGUGAAAGGUCAGGACUUGAUAUCGCAGCACAAAGAUGAUAAACAGACUUCAUCACGGACUGUGGAUAAUCUUCUUACUGUUAAACCAAAGGAACAGGAAAACGGCCAAGAGGAUGAACCAGACUGGAAGAAAAUGUUCUUGAAUGGCUUGGAAGAAAGAGAAAAAAUGCUUCUAACAGAGUACACCACAACUCUCCGCAGUUACAAGGAUGUGAAGAAAAAGCUUAGUGAAGUGGAGAAGAAAUCACAAGACAACACUUUUGACACGUCGAUGCAGCUAAAGGAAUUAAAGAGUUCUAAUGCUAUGAAGGAUGAAGAGAUUAAAUCAUUACGUCAGAAAGUAAACCUUCUGCUGAAAUGUUUGGAUGAAAAUAAGGAUUCAGAAGACUCCAAAGCCUCAGACUUCCCACAGAAGGCUAAUUUGUUGGAUGAUCUAAGUUUUGAUCCUAAAGCAGGAACUGGUUUAACAACUCUGGUAACAGAGAAAGACAACUUCAAGUUGACUCUACUUGACCAACCUCCUGAAACUAUGUCAGCAAUUGAAGAAAAACUCCGAAUGAACAUUGACGAACUGCUAGAGGAGAACUUGGGUUUCUGGUUAAAAUUCAGCACCUCAUUCCAUCAGAUACAGAAAUUCGAGACUGGAAUCCAAGAUUUACAAGCUGAGAUAUUGAAGCUUGAGGAGAAAGGAAAGAAGCUAGAGGCAAGUUCAGCAAGAUAUUCUCUGAAAUCAGAUGCACGGCCAAUCUACAAACACAUGAGAGAAAUACAAACUGAACUAAUUUUGUGGCUGGAGCAAUGUGCAUUACUCAAAGAUGAACUACAUUGCAGAUUUUCAUCUUUGUGCAACAUUCAAGAAGAAAUAACAACAGCUUUGAAGGAAAGCGCAGAAGAAGACGAGUUCAAGUUUACAAGCUAUCAAGCUGCAAAGUUCCAAGGUGAGGUAUUGAACAUGAAACAAGAGAAUAACAGGGUUGGAGAUGAAUUGCAAGCAGGUUUGGAUCAUGUGACUACACUCCAACUUGAACUUGAGAGGACUUUGGCAAAGUUGAACGAGGAAUUCGGGCUUGCUGGAUCAAGGAAGCAAUCAAAUCCUCUGCUGAGACACACAGAGAAUAGUAGGAACCGGGUUCCUUUGCGGUCAUUUAUCUUUGGUGUGAAACAAAAGAAACAAAAGCCAUCAAUCUUUUCCUGCAUGACCCCAGCAAUGAAUAAGAAGUACCCUGGUAUGAGAGCAGAACACAAUGUGUAAAUUGUUCUAAUUCGUUUAUAUUUGUUUGAGAAGUUCUUUUCCUUUCCUUUUAAUUUUAUGAGUACUAUUGACAAUAGAUAAAGGAUUUCUUUGUUUCUUUUGAUUUGGAAUUGGUGAAAGCACGCUUUAUGUGUGCUUUACAUGUUUAGUCUGUAACAUCAAAACGAUAGAGAACAUUCCUUCUAUGUAUUUUUUGCAUAAGGAAUUUUGA